CCGAAAUCCCAUUAUACGGAGUCCGGCCACAUGCACCGGCACUGCCCGUUGGAAAACAGGAGCGCGGUUUUUUUUAUCCGCACGAUGCGGAAUACAGCGACUGAUGGGAACCUCAGCAUCUGUCGCAUCGCUGUGUGAUCUCUUCCGGCUGAAGUGCGGUUAGUAACAGAAGACUACAAGCGCCCUGAGUCGGACCAGGACAACAGGAUGAAGUUGGCUGUCCUCCUCCUCCUCGUGUCGGUGUGUCCGCUGUCCCUCGCUGCCAUCGCCGCUCAAAAAGAAUUUGUGUCCUUGGCGGAAAUGGAGGACGCUCUGCUCAAGAAUCUUUUCCAAGGCUACCAGCGCUGGGUGAGGCCAAUCCAACGUGCUAACGAUACAAUUAAAGUUCGCUUUGGUCUCAAGAUCUCUCAACUGGUUGAUGUGGAUGAGAAAAAUCAGCUAAUGACAACUAAUGUUUGGCUGUGGCAGGAGUGGAUUGAUUAUAAGCUGCGAUGGAAUCCAGAUAAAUAUGGUGGAAUAACCUCCAUCAGAGUUCCCUCAGAAAAUAUCUGGCUCCCAGACAUCGUCCUAUAUGAAAACGCUGAUGGGCGGUUUGAGGGCUCAUUGAUGACUAAAGCCAUCGUGAGGUUCAAUGGUGCCAUCACCUGGACACCACCUGCUAGUUAUAAAUCUGCCUGCACCAUGGAUGUCACCUUUUUCCCCUUUGACCGCCAGAACUGCUCCAUGAAGUUUGGUUCCUGGACCUAUGAUGGCAACAUGGUGGACUUGGUUCUAAUGGACAUCCAGGUUGAUCGGAAAGACUUUUUUGAUAAUGGGGAGUGGGAGAUACUCAGUGCCACUGGUGCCAGAGGAAACAGGAAAGAUGGCCUGUAUUCUUACCCCUUCAUCACCUACUCCUUUAUCCUGAAGAGGUUGCCGUUGUUCUACACGCUCUUCCUCAUCAUCCCCUGUUUGGGUUUGUCCUUCCUGACUGUCCUGGUGUUUUACCUCCCCUCAGAUGAAGGAGAGAAGCUGUCGCUCUCCACCUCUGUCCUUGUGUCACUCACUGUGUUCCUCCUAGUUAUUGAGGAAAUUAUUCCCUCUUCCUCUAAGGUGAUCCCACUUAUUGGAGAAUACCUGCUCUUCAUCAUGAUCUUUGUCACCCUCUCCAUUAUUGUCACUGUCUUUGUCAUUAAUGUGCACCACCGCUCCUCAGCCACCUACCACCCAAUGUCGCCAUGGGUUCGCAACCUCUUCCUUCAGAAACUACCCCGAUUGCUCUGCAUGCGGGGACACACUGACCGGUAUCACUACCCAGAACUGGCUCCUGAAAGUCCUGAGCUGAAGCCUCGCUCCACAGGACGAAGAGGAGGCCAGAGGACAAGCAGCGGAGCCUAUGGACAGACGACUUCUGAAGGGAAGGAGGAUGAGGCCUGGGCCACCAUGUUGGAGAAAGCCAUCUAUUCAGUGCGCUACAUCAGCAGACAUAUCCGUAAAGAGCAUUUCAUCCGUGAGGUGGUACAAGACUGGAAGUUUGUGGCCCAAGUGUUGGACAGAAUCUUUCUUUGGGUUUUCCUCUCUGUCUCUGUAUUGGGCACCAUCCUCAUCUUCACUCCAGCUCUACAGAUGUUCAUGAAAGUCCCUCCUCCCACUGCAAUUGAGGAUCCACCCUCAGAACAGUAACAAUAACUGUCCCUUUAAUAAGCAUCAGAUACACCU